CAAUCAAGUGUCAAGCUUGCAAGCUUAUUCACAAAAUUAUUACCAACAUCAAUAUUUAAGAAGAUGACAUAUAUGAUUUGAAUUUAUCGAUUAGAAGAUCUCUAUGAAGGCCAAAAUGAGGAGCUAUUUCACACUGCACUAUUUUUUCGUUGAACAAGUUUUGUCCUACUAAAUUUUCUAACAAGAUUUUAGUGAGACAGUUAUUAUAGACAUCCAAUGAGAAUUGUUAUAAAUUAUUAUUUAUAUGAAUGUCCAAAUCACCCAAAUCGUUUCUAUUAAUUACCAUUAAUUAUAAUUAUUGUUUCUCUCCUUAGUUUCCUAAUCAAUGGCUCACGUAUUUGUAUAAAUAGGAAUCACUCCUUUAUAAUAAAAUAUUGAGAAAUUCUAAUUCAGUUUCGCUUUCUCUUUUCAUCUUAUUAUUUUUUCUUUUUAUUUAUUUUAUAUUAUUUAUAAUAAUUUUAUAACAAAUAACACUUUCCUUUUUUAUAUAAACAACACAUUAUUAAUUUAGCUACCUGUUGGAGACAAUGCUGAGAAGAAAAAUUAUCAAUAAAAAAGUAAGAGCAAUAAUUAAAACUUUCAGAAAACGUACUUUAUUAGGAAGGUGUAAUACUGGUUUUUGUUUUUAUAAUAUUUUACAGAAAUGUUUGUACAAAUUUAAGAUCGCAAAUUUGCAUUAGGAUUUAGGAGAGUGUUUGUUGACAUAAUUUUAUUUAAUUAUGGUUAUGUUGUAGAUAACACUUAAAAUCAGAAUAAAAUGGCUCACUGAGCACAAGCUUGGUUCUGUCCAUGUAAAUACGGUAAUUAGAUACCAUCACAAAAUCACUAUCAAUGCAAUUGCAGUGUGCAUUUUGAUGAUUCACUUUGAUACAAAGCUUUAUAUAUGUAUAAAUAUAUAUAAAUAUAAAGCCAAAAUCAUAAGGGGGUGAAAAGGCUGAAAGAAAUGCAGCAAAGAUAGAGCCAAAGUCGCAGUAUCCUUCCCCCCAAAAAAACACCACCUUUUUCUUUUGGCAAAAUCCCAACAACGAUUUUUCCAGUAUAAUCUAUCAUGAUUGAACCGUUAUUUUUCUGGUUAUUCUCUCUAAUAUCGAUUUCUAAGGUGGCCAUAGGGACCUCUAUUCCGAUAGACAUUUUCGUAUUAGCAGGACAGAGCAACAUGGCCGGCCGAGGUGGUGUUACACAUGGCGCAUGGGACCAUUAUGCCCCACCGGAAUGCAGCCCCAAUAGCCAGAUACUUAGGCUAAGCGCUAAACUAAAAUGGGAGAGUGCCCACGAGCCACUCCACGCGGACAUCGACUCCGGAAAGGCUUGUGGGGUUGGACCCGGGAUGGCCUUCGCCAACGAGGUGGUUAGAGCCAGAGGGCCAAGCGUCGUGGUGGGACUGGUCCCUUGUGCUGUUGGUGGGACACGAAUUAGGCAGUGGGCCCGAGGAACUCCGCUCUACUCUAGGCUGCUUAGCAGGGCCAAACAAUCAUUGAAGAAAGGGGGAACGAUACGCGCCGUUUUAUGGUUUCAGGGAGAGAGCGACACUGUGAGAACAAGUGAUGCUGAGGCUUAUGGUGGGAACAUGGAAAAAUUCAUAAUCGAUAUCCGCUCUGAUCUAAAUAUUCCGAAUCUUCUCAUUAUACAGGUGGCAAUUGCAUCUGGAGAGGGACAAUACAUAGAGGAGGUUAGAAAGGCUCAGCUUCAACUCAGCUUACCAAAUGUUAAGUGUGUUGAUGCCAAGGGAUUGAACCUUAAACCAGAUAAACUCCACCUUACAACCACUUCUGAGGUUCAGCUUGGUGUCAAGUUAGCUAAUGCCUUUCUUGCUUCAUAAUAAUGCUCAUCUCAGAAGGGCCUGAAUUUUUCAGUGAAAGAUGUAUUCCCUUAUUGGCGUUUUAAUAAACAUAGCAAAUAGAUUAUGGAAGCCUUAAUUGUUCCAAAAUAGUAUUUGUGUUCAUUUCAUUUAGAGGAAAAAUAUAAGGUCAAUUCUUCUUAAUAAAGUUGCAUUUGAUCGUAAAAA